CGCAACGUUUUUAAUACUUUUGGAAAGUUGUAUUGGUCAUUAUUAAACGUGAAUCUGUGGAUCAAUGUCGAAUUUGUUUUUAAAAAAUUUAAUCCAGUUUAGUGAAAUGGCAUUUUUCUAAUUAUUCAAUGUUUUGGGGUGUAUGAAAAUGGAGUGUAUUAGGAUUAAAGCUAGAGUAUCCAUUCAAUACUCGAGAAUAGCAAUUUUGGGAGUCUGUUUGAUUCUGGCCUGGUUAACGUUGGAGGACCUCUUCGAUAUCAGAAUAAGGCUUCAUGAAAUGUUUCCAGACAGGCAUGUUACGACCAGUGACCCUGUUAUUGUAUAUGCACCUUGUACCAGAAUUCCCAGUUCACCAAAGGGAACAUUGUGGCCCGAAGAAAAAUACAUACACGACGUUGAAGUCCAACACAUUUUGGAUUUGGCAGAUCCAUUAAACUCUAGGGUUUGGAUUGAAGGAGGUAGUGUCAGAAAAGUCGGGGACACAGUCAAUGUCAAAAUCCUGCUUUAUGAUGGGCAUGGUUAUAGAAAGAAAACGGGAGGCGAUCUUAUUAGAGCAUGGAUGAAGGAACCAUCUCUUGGAGCAAGUUCUACCGCCAAAGUUAUAGAUAACAAAGACGGAAGUUAUUCAGCAGUUUUAAAAGCAUUCUGGGUGGGACAGCCGGAAAUUGUUGCCGCCAUUAUUUCACCUCGUGAGGUGAUUGCCACAGCCUUCAAAAGACGGUAUAUGUGUCCGCCAGUGCUUAUGAACUCGGCAAUUUUCACACAUCCAUCCGAACCGUCAAUUGUGGAAGAGACGCCAUGUAACUACGUCAAUCAAGUGCCCGGAUAUAGCGAAUUGUGUAACUUUACACAGGAGAAUUAUGGUAGACCCUGGUUUUGUGGAAAACCGAGACAUGCAAGACUUCUGUGUCAUGACUGGACUAUGGUUGCUGACCAAAAUCUUUGGAACAAAGGACUUGAAAAACAGGCACUGUCAGAGAUAGCAUAUGAGUUGAUGACCUUAAACUAUUCUGCAAGAAAAAUAGAUUCCAGUUUAAAAUUAACAGUAGUGAAAGGGGCAAAGAAUCAGUCUGUGUUCGUUCCUACAAACAGAUGCGGCAAAGUCAGCAAAGCCUCGUCUUGGGAACUCGCCUCACCAAGUGGAUUUUUCUAUGAACACAGCUGGACCAACAAGCACUGCCGGACUACUUUCAGUCCGUCCAAACUCGAAUCUUGUCUUAGAAACACAAAGUUGAUACUUAUAGGCGAUUCUACAACCAGGCAGAUGUUUUCCAAGAUUGAAACUCUUGUUUCCUGUCAGUGGAUCACGGAUACAUGGUCAACUAGCGGCAAACACCGGCCGGCUAUUUGCGUAAAUAGUAACUUAAACUUCAGCCUCACUUGGGAACUCCAUCCACUUCCGUUUUGCACUCGGAAUACUCCAAGACACUAUUUAAAAUCUUUUAGUGCAUAUCUCAAUGAAAUACAAGAUCAAAGUAAAACUGUAAUUGUGUUGCAUAUGUACGCUCACGUUCUAAACCAUCAUUCUCAUGUUUUCUUUGAAACAUUAAAGGAUAUGAAAAAGGGAAUCAUUGGACUUUUAGACAGAAAUAAAAAUGCUCAAGUGAUAAUAAAAGGGCCUCAUGCCUACUCGUUUUCAAGAUCAAGCGACCAUGUGAUCUGGAUGCCAGACGCUUAUGCAGACAUUUACCAAACGUUUAUCUACAAUGAAUUUAAAGAUAUAAAUGACAGAGUUAUCUACCUUGAGAGUUUAGACAUGACUGUAUCGAGUGAACAGUGGCAUAUACAUGCGGAGGAUUAUAUAAUACAUGCAUUUGCAGAACAAAUUUUUAAUCGUGUUUGUACUUCAUACUGAAUAUGAAUUCUGGUCCCUGAUUUAUUAACAACAAUCACGCUUUCAUAAUACGUAUAAAAGAAGUACUAGUAUUCAGAUUUAUUACAAAAGAGUCUUUGGCAUUCAUAUUAUUCACAUGCACUUUGGGGUCGGGCAAACCAUAUGAGGGGCUCCGGACCUUAUAAAACAUCUUGUCCAACUGUGUUCUUUUACAUCGGUCCAUGGACAUAGCUUUCAAAAUCUUCCAAGUUUAGUCAGUAUAGGACAAUAUUUAAAAAAUGUCAAACAAUAACAGCAAAGCAUUCGUUAAUAAAGAUACUAUACCAUUCAAAAGCAUCAACCUUCAAUUUGCCAAUAUUUGUGAUUUUAUUUACCAGCCGAGCACACUUUAUCACCCAAUAACUUCCAUAUUGUGUCAACAUAUUUAUAUACACACUUAUUUACUUCCAAUUAUUUGAAUAUGCUAGUCAAAUAUUUGUUCGUCGAAAGGGUUUUGAAGGGUUUGGUAUUCUAUAACCUAUUUAACAAACUAGCAAUUUCUAAACUACUGUCAAAUAAUCAGUAUGAACUCAAACUAUAUCUAUAAGGGAUUCUAAUCACUAGACAUAUUUUAAUUGAUUUGACCCAGAAGUAUACUUACUUUUGGGAUUUAGAAGAACAUGUAAGGUUCAGAAUAACAGCAUUCUCAUAGAAAGAAAGGGAAGUAACACAGACUGUCAGAACCCCAAGUGUCUGUGAUAAUAUUUCUAACUUAAAGCCAUUGAACAAUUUCAUUUAACAAAAGCCCGAAUGAGCUGACCACACUAAAAUGACGCCGCAAGUCUUGUAACUUAUUAUAUAUAUAUAUAUAUCAGAUUUCGAGAUGGGAUAAAGGGCACCGUAACCGUCCGAUAGUAUACUUCUCAGCGGAAGUGUAAGAAUGUAUACAUGUGCAUAUCAUUGUUACUUCUUUCCGAAAACACGAACAGUUGACAAAAAUACUCGAGUACUUCUGCCCAUACGUCAAAGAAAAUGUGACUUUAACUCGUGUAAUAAAGGAGUAGAUAACAGCGACUAGCAUAAUACGCAUCCAUUGUCUUAUGUACGUCCGCCGAUAUCUCCUUCAAAACGAGGAACAUUUUUGAAUGAGACCGAAUUACAGUUACAUUGAAAAAUAAUACAAUUUAAAUUUUAAAGAAUGAAUAAUUAACAACAAUUGUUACAAAGUUCUUUCUAAGAAAUUUAUUUCCGAUUACGUUACUAUAUUCUAUUCUGUCACAGGAUUUUGAGAUGCGACUUCGCCGUUAUUUUGCCAUACCAUUACGGAUUUAAAGGCUGUAAACAUGUAAGCUUAUAUCCUUCCAGUUUUCACUUUUCAUUAGUCCCCUACAGGCGUUUCGCCUGAGGGGAUUUAUGGUGUGCCCUUUCCGUCCAUACGUAAGUCCAUCAGUCCGUCAGUCAGUCCGUCAGUCACGCAAUGAGAUCCUGUGAUAACUUUAACAGUGCAUGAUAUCUUUUUAAUGAAACUUGAUACAUAAUAAGAGAAACUUGCCGUUCGGGAAAUUCAUUUUAAACUUGAGUCGGGGACCCUCCAAUUUCAUUUGUCAUUUGGACUCGGUAUACAUUUUAAACACCGUUUAAUAAAAAAAAUAUCAAAAAUUCAAUUCAGGGAUUUUUAAUAUGCCGCUUUAAAGCCGAAAAGUGUAGCGAAACUGAAACUGAACGUCAAUUUUUUAGUAAAAACGGCGAUUUUCUUUCCAUUUUUUCAAAUAUUUGUCGGCGUAAAACAAUGAUUUUAUAUCGGCAUAAAGGAAAACUUAACUCUCGUCGAAUAGUGUAGAAUUUAAGAAAACUUUUGGCUGGUGCCGUUGCAUGCAGUACCCGUAAGAGUUGCCAAGGAUACGCGGCGACGUCAUUUUCAAAAACGGGCUUUGGUAGUCAACUUUGACGUGUCGUGUACAAAAACUGGUUGGCUCUAUUGGUAUAAAAUAAACUGCACCUUGUUUGAAAUAUGGUCAACUUUACACAGGCCAAAUUUCAAGACGCUACUCGAAAGUUCGCAAAGUGUCGCGUUCUACCUUAAGUACUCUAUGAAAGUCAAUCAAUUCAAUAUAAAUCUAUAUACAUGUAAUAAGCUUCCCGAUCGGGAAGUCAAGUUUCCAGAUUUUUUUAUCAAGUAAUUUCGACGUUAAAUAGAAUUUUUAUUAAGACAUUUAAAAAGAUUGAACGGUAGAAAUUCAUAUAUAUAUUUAUCAAGAUUACAAUGGUAUGUUUCAU